CUGCCGUCUGCCGUUCGUCGCCGUUCUCCGCCGGUCGCCUGCGUUCUCCUUCGUCUGCUCGGCUUCGCGCACAGACGCACGUCGCUCUCUACUCUCUGCUUUGCCUCUCCUUACUUUCGCAUUCUCGCUCUCUGUUCUGCUUUGAUGCACGUCGAAUCUCUGCCGUCCGCCGCGCUGCCGUCGUUCGUUCGUCCAUAGCCGCACACGUCCAGACGUCCCUGCACGACUGCGCCGUUUCCCUGCCUGCACAACUGCGCUGCUUCUCCGCUCCAUUCAGAUCUACAGUAAGAAAAAUUGGACAGCUGUAGACAUAUACUCACCAUUGAGAAAAGAUGUCAGGUGGGUUAACCUGGAGGCACCAUGCCGUAAUUCAAGCUUUGUUGUCACGAGGUCCACUCAAAGAGAACGAUUUGCACUCAAUGUUCAAGGAACUCACUAAGAAAAGCCCAGGCACUGAUCGGAAGCUAUUUGAUGAGUUUAUUCUGAAGAUAAAUAUGGAACUUACUUUUGUUAAUUUUGAGUUGCGUGCCUGCAUAGAUCAAUAUGAUGGCCAAAUCUAUUAUGGUGUGGUCAAUACAGUCUCUGACGAACAAUCAAAGCUUGGAACGAAGUAUACAAUCCCUGAAAUUGCUUUUUAUAAGGCUCUUAUGGAAGUGAUAGCACAAGAUGCCAUGGCAAGUGGUGUUGUAUCUAGCAUUGAUGCUCUGAAUCUUCGUUUGGACAGUCAGGUUUCGAUCGCGAUAGAUCCACAAUCCCAAGGAAGCCAAUCCAAUAUCCCACAUCCAUUGAAAACUUUCACAAAAAUUCAGAAGGAAAAGGCACUAGAUGACCUUGUGAGGGAUAGGUGGCUUCAUGUGACUGAAGAUGGUCAUAUCAAACUUGGAGUGAAGUCAUUUCUUGAUCUUCGCAGUUGGUUUCGGAAUAAUGACAUUCCAUCAUGUCAAGUUUGCAAUGAAGCUGGUGUAAAGGCCGAGUUAUGCCGAAACGAAAAUUGUACAGUAAGAAUUCAUCACUACUGCCUCAAGCAACUUUUUUCCCGAAGAAAGGUGGAAAAAGUUUGCCCAAGUUGUGGUACCUCAUGGCCAUAUACAGUACCCAAGACAGAAGCUGUGGAAACUGAAGAUGAGAAUGAACCCGGAGGAAGCCGACAAGCUACUGGUUCUAGAAGAACCAGGCAAGCCGUGGCAACUGAAGUUGAGAAUAAACCUCGAGGAAGCCAACAAGCUACUGGUUCUAGAAGAACCAGGCAAGCCGUGGCAACUGAAGAUGGGCAUGAACCUCGAGGAAGCAAACUACCAACUGGUUCUAGAAGAACGAGGCAAAGAACCAAUACGAAUUCUGGGGAUGAAGCGGCUGAAUCAUGUGAUGAGAAUGUGCCAAAUGAACGCACCGGAAGCCAACAUGGUAAUGAAAUGACACGCAAAAGGGGUAAAACUCAUAGAAGUGGCGAUGCAAAUGUGGGAAUAUCUGCUGAAUCUCAAUCCCAAUCUUUACCCGGCGUUCCCGGUACAAGGAGAGUAACCCGAAGCUCUUCUCGUCUCCAGUAAAUCAACAAUGGAAUGUUAAGAGCACUGUAUAUUUUGGUGUUGACAGAUGCUAACUUUGCUGAACCCAAUGGAUAUAUGAAUAGGCACUGUGAUGUAGUUCGUAGGGAGCAUUUCAAAACCCAGCAUUAUUCUUAGAAUGACCAGUAAAUAUUUAUGCUGUUUAUCAUUUAGCCAUGUAAUGUGAACUUUUUCACAUGAUUUGGUUAUGCAAGUGUCCAAGAAUAACUCCUUUUUCUU